AUGUAUUUCUUGGUUACUUUAAUCAUCUUCGCCUUUGUCUUCUCUCCAUCGAGAGCAUUACAUUGUCAACAAGAAAUAAACUAUUGCACUUUUGAACCACCAAAAGGGGGACCCGCAGAUCAAGUUUCUGGCAAAGUUGAAUUUAAUCAACUCACUGACUGUAGUGUGAGAGUCGCUGGCCAGUUCCUUUCAACACUCAAAUAUCCUUUGAAUCCGUCUUACUACAAUUUCUUUGUAAUCGAAAGCCUUGCCGCUAGAAAUACCCCCAUUUACAAUUUUGAUUUCUGUCUCGGCAAACAAAUUGAUAUUCCUUUCGCAUGUAAUAUACCCGCUGGAAACAUCUCAUAUUCAUAUCUCGCAGGUAACCUUUGUGCAUUGAUGAGGAGAGAUUUCAACAACAGUAUUGUUAAUGGUACUGCACCAAUUAAACAG